AUGGAGACCAACCAGACCUCCUGGAUCACAGAAGUCACCCUGCUGGGAUUCCAGGUCCACCCAGCACUGGAGAUUUUCCUCUUUGGACUGUUUUCUGUCUUCUACACCUUCACCCUUCUGGGCAAUGGGGUCAUCCUGGGGCUCAUCUGCUUGGACCCUAGACUACACACCCCCAUGUACUUCUUCCUCUCCCACCUGGCUGUGGUUGACAUGUCCUAUGCUUCCAACAAUGUCCCUAAGAUGCUGGCCAAUCUUGUGAGCCAGAAGAGAACCAUCCUGAAGGUUCCCUGCAUCAUGCAGACAUUCUUGUACCUUGCUUUUGCUCACAUAGAGUGCCUGAUCCUAGUGGUGAUGUCCUAUGAUCGGUAUGUGGCCAUCUGCCAGCCCCUACGUUACACCGUCAUCGUGAGCUGGAGGGUGUGCACUGGUUUGGCUGCUGCUUCCUGGGUGUUCAGCUUCCUCCUGGCUCUGGUUCACGUGGUCCUCAUCCUGAGGCUGCCCUUCUGUGGGCCUCAUGUCAUCAAUCACUUCUUCUGUGAAAUCCUCUCUGUCCUCAAGCUGGCCUGUGCUGACACAACACUCAACCAAGUUGUCAUCUUCGGAGCCUGUGUCUUCAUCUUAGUGGGACCCCUGUGUCUGGUGCUGGUGUCCUACACACGCAUCCUGGUGGCCAUCCUCAGGAUCCAGUCAGGGGAGGGCCGCAAGAAGGCCUUCUCCACCUGCUCCUCUCACCUCUGCGUGGUGGGGCUCUUCUUUGGCAGUGCCAUCAUCAUGUACAUGGUCCCCAAGUCCAGCAACCCUGAGCAGCAGCAGAAGAUCCUUUCCCUAUUUUACAGCCUCUUCAACCCGAUGCUGAAUCCUCUCAUCUAUAGUCUGAGGAAUGCUGAGGUCAAGGGAGCCCUGAGGAGGGCACUGUGCAAAGACAGGCCGAUGUGA